GGUCCGGACUCGGGGAAUCCCAGUGGCCACGGCUUCCUGGGAGCUGGCUUCUGUGGUCACUGUAAGGCGAAGCGGAGCAGCGGGGCAGGAGCAUUCCUAGGCCAGCAGGGUCAGGCUCAUGGCUGAAGGACCUCUUCACCAUCUUACAUAGCAUCUGGAAGUUAAAUCCUAGACCCUCUGGGAUCUCUUUUUCCGAAGAGGCCAUGGAUACCUCGACUCAUUUGCCUUCUGUACUCUCCUCCCCGAUCUGUAACUCAGCCCCACGGACAAUCCAGAUCAAGUUCCCGCAGCAUAGCUCAUCACUGCUGGAAUCCCUGAACCGCCACAGGCUAGAAGGAAAGUUCUGUGAUGUAUCCCUCCUGGUGCAGGGUAGGGAACUUAGGGCUCACAAAGCAGUGUUGGCUGCUGCCUCUCCAUACUUCCAUGACAAGCUACUUCUGGGGGAUGCACCCCGUCUCACUCUGCCCAGUGUCAUUGAAGCCGAUGCCUUUGAGGGGCUGCUCCAGCUUAUUUAUUCAGGGCGUCUCCGCCUCCCACUGGAUGCGCUCCCUGCCCAUCUCCUUGUGGCCAGUGGCCUUCAGAUGUGGCAAGUAGUAGAUCAGUGUUCAGAGAUUCUUAGAGAACUGGAAAGUUCAAGUGGUGGAAUUUCAGCCCGGGGAGCAACCUCCUACCACACACUUCUUUCCACCACUUCCACCACAUCCUCUCCAAGAAGUUGGUGCAUUCGCUCUUCUUUCCAGACCCCAGUGCAGUACUGUGCUUCCACUGAGAGCCCUGUGGGAGGGGAGGGGAGUGAACUGGGGGAAGUGUUACAAAUUCAGGUGGAAGAAGAAGAGGAAGAAGAAGAAGAAGAGGACCAGGGGUCAGCUGUACUCUCUCAGACUCCUCAGUCUCAGAGAGUAUCAGGAAGUUUAACCCAUCCUCAUGGAUCCCACCCACUACCCAUAUCUGUAACUCCCCUCAGGCUUCCAGAGAGUGAGAGCGCAUCACUUGAGCUUCCUGCCCCUCCUGCCACAUUGCCCCCCAAAGUCUUCUACAUUAAGCAGGAACCCUUAGAACCUAAGGAGGAGAUAUCAGGAGUUGGAACUCAGUCUGGAGGAGCAAAGGAGGAAACCAAAGUGUUUCCUGGAGGGGACACUGAAGGGAAUGGGGAGCUAGGGUUCUUGUUGCCCUCCGGGGCAGGGGCAACAUCUGGGGGUGGAGGGCCAUCAUGGAAACCCGUGGAUCUUCAUGGGAAUGAAAUCCUGUCAGGUGGUGGAGGACCUGGGGGAACUGGGCAGGUUGUGCAUAGGUCUGUGAAGCCAGGGGGGACACCCCCUGGAGAUGGAAAACUCUUUGGUUGCUUGUGUGGGAAGUGAUUUGCAGUGAAGCCAAAGCGUGACCGGCAUAUCAUGCUGACCUUCAGCCUUCGGCCUUUUGGCUGUGGCAUCUGCAACAAGCGCUUCAAACUGAAGCACCAUCUGACAGAACAUAUGAAGACCCAUGCUGGAGCUCUGCAUGCCUGUCCCCAUUGUGGCCGUCGGUUUCGAGUCCAUGCCUGUUUUCUUCACCAUAGGGACCUAUGUAAGGGCCAGGGCUGGGCUACAGCCCACUGGACUUACAAGUGA